AUGGGAUCGACCAGUUACUUGAAUAAACCUAAGUCAGCCGGAUACAGAGCUAAGAGCGGUUCUAGUGCUGGAUCAGAUAAAGAAAUGAACGGGAAAUUGAGGCGCCCUAAAAUUAGGCGGCCAACAAAACUAUCUGACUAUGGCCUGAAGAGAAUUCCGGACUACACAGAACUGGCUUACAAAGAAGCUGUAUCGAAGCUGAGAUACUUUUUAUCCGGGAAUUAUGCACCAAGUAUCCGUAGCUACGGCGGUUCAGCAUCCAUCAAGAAUUUGGACGAAUCGGAUGCCGAUCUGGACAAGAAGUACCUCUCCCCAACGUAUCCACUCCUGGAGUAUAAGCAUCGUCCUCGGCUUACAGCAAAGUACGCGACUCUUUACGCCGACAGUCUGAAUAAUACCUAUGGACAGCAUAAUACGACUACUGCUCCGCCAUUGCCCACCUCGACGCCAGCAGCGGACCUGUCAGGUGGCACCAACCCUGACGUGGUCGCGUUCAUACAGAAGCAGGAAGAGUACAUUGAGCAGCUUGAACGGGAGAGCCAGUACUGCAGGGACGAGCUGAACAAUCUUCUUGGGAAAGUGAAGGAAGUAAUCACCGAGAACGAGCACUUGCACGAAGCGCAGAAGAACAAACUGAUUUCUCGGAUGUUCCAUUCGUACAAUGCAGGUUCGGAAACCGAUGAGCUCGAUGAUUUGGGAGAUAGCACUGGAUUUGAUAGCGAUAAUAAGGGAUCUCCGAAAGCGCGUAGGACAUCAAAAUCUCGUUCUACAAAAUUGGAAGGUCCUAACAUCGUGUUUGAGUCCCGCAUAUCGGAAUUGGAGGCACAGCUGACGCAGGCAAAGAUUGACCUCAAGAAGGUUCAGGAUGAAAAUAACGAGAACAAAAGGAAAUUGGCCUCUGGGCUUGUUGACUCAACGUGCCUUGAUGGUUUCAAACGCCAAAUUGAUAAUUUGCAAAGGGACAAGACAGCAUUGGAAUCACAGAUAUCCAAGCUGAAGCUUUCCUUAGAGCAAAGAGAAGGCGACGACGGGAAGUAUCGACGAAGUACUGAUGUUGUCGAACAACAAUUACGGGAGGAGAGGAACAAUCUUGAAGUUGAAAUACGCAGACUCAAGGACGAGUUAGCAAAAGAGCGUUCCAAGAUUCGCGAGCUAACUGGUGAAGGGGCUCGUCGUGCUAUUCAGGAACGCAGCGCCGCUGAGCAGCGGUACAAUGCUCAUUUCGAUGAGCUGCAACACGAUCUUGCAGUGCAGUACGACAACGUUGCCAAGUUACAGCUCGAGCUGGAACGUCAGCGUCGUGAAGAGAACGACCUGAAGCGCGAAUUGUCCAUGAAGAAUUCUGCCAUUGAAGAACUGAAAAUGGAGCUUAAAAACAAAACAUCCACCCUGCAAGCAGAUUUGGCCCAGGCAUACGCAGAGAAGGCGUCUCUGGAAGAAGAAUUGGCGAGUGCUCGCUUAGCCAUCGAAAGACACCAGAGGCAGUCAAAACAUGACACUAAUCGUCUUAACUCUGAGAUCCAGUCACUUCGACAACGUCUGGACCGGGCUGAUGCCGACUUGGUCCACUCUCGUCGGGAAAACUUGCGUCUUUCUGAGCAGAUCUCUGCUUUGGAGAAAGAGCUUAACAUGCGUAACUUGACACCGUUCUCACCCGAGAAGAAGAAAGACAAAGAGCUAUCUUCAGCUCUGGAAUCCAUUGAAAAUAAACAUGCUAAAACGGUGGCUGAGUUGGAGUCCAUGAUUCAAUCACAAAACAGUCUGAUGGAGAAACUCACUGGAGAAUGUCGAUUGCUCACAGACAAGCUCGACGACGCAAAUCGUAGGCACAAAGCCGACAGAACACAUUUGCUUUGCCGAAAUAUUGAGCUUAUGAAAAAGUUAAGACACCUAUGGUGUUCGCAUAAAAAAUAUUGCACUACCGCCAUAACACCAUUGAGAAGCUACACUCCCUUAAAACUGGGCACUGUGCAGCGUCAAGUAGAAACGCUAACGCGAUCGUUGCCGCUUCAGUCAAGCCUUGCAGCGACACCUAGCACUUAUCAAGCACCACCCCCGCACCCGUCCUCAACAGGCCGAAAUGUCCCCUCUGCCUCUUCCGUUACCAGACAAGACCAUCUCGGAGUUGACACCACCGGAGACACCGAACCCUCGUUCUCAGACACCAGAGCAGAACGAAAUAGUCGAGGCACCUCAAGACAACUAAGCAGGCAAAGUUCUAGAGCUUCCCUCAAACCGGAGUUAGCUCUAGAUACUAAUAUCACUAAAGAAGAAGGUUUAAUGCCAACUAAUGAUGACGUAUCAUACAAAGAUGUAGGUGACGAAAAGACUAAUGAAAGUAUCCAAGAAACUGAUCAGAAUUAUACGGAAGGCUAUCAGAAUUAUGAACAGACUGCAGAUAAUGCUCAGUAUGAGCAGGGUAAUGAAAAUACUCCAUAUGAAACUUCACAGUAUGAUCAAAGUCAUGCAGACUAUCAAACUCAGGGUUACGAACAAAAUUAUGAACAAGGUUACGCUGAUGGGCAAUAUGAGAAUUAUGAACAGUAUCCUCAGCAAUAUAGUGAUCCUAACGCUCAGUAUCAAGGUGAAUAUGAGAAUUACGGAACAGAGAAUUAUCAAGGUGAUCAAAAUUAUGAUAAUACCCAGUAUAACCAGGAGUAUACUCCAGAAUAUCAAGAGCCACAAAAUGUUGAACCACAGAAUGUUGCACCACAGAGCCCAAACAAUGCUGAACCACAAACAAAUGUAUCAGAUAGUAAAAGAAGUAAUUCGCCUAACGACAAAGUAACUAGGAGUUAGCAACUUUAGGUUUAUUGUGCAAUAACUUUGUUAUGUUUUGCUUUUGUUUCGUUUUGAUGUAUUAUGCUGUACACAUUUUUGUAGAUAAAUAUUUAAGUUUAGAUUUCGAUGUUACGUACACUAAAAUUAUGAUUGGAUUAAAAUAUAUUGAUGGUCGUCAAAUCAAGUAGGUAUGAAAAGUGUAUUGAGACGAAAAAUUAAAUUGUUG